GCCUCCCAAAGUGCUGAUUUUCCCCAAUCUUGUGGGUUAAGCACCCCUUCGGAUAAUCACAAGCUGUUUGCUUGUUUUUACAUUCAAAGCUACGGGCACUGCCUUACACUCUAAGUGCCCAUCUCUUUCCUCACCAAGCCGAGUAGGAGGGGUUCUGAGGAACUCCCCUGUACCGGUGAGGGGACUGGCCUCACACGGGUCUGGGUUUGGAAGCCUCAAGAGCCCUUAUCUCACUGUCUGCAUCGUGCUAGAUGUCACCACAAUCUGGACGGUCUCCAUCGCCCCGGGCCUCUGACAUGCUCAGAUCCCAGGAUGGGGCUGCAGUUAUAGGGGUCUCAGGUUGGCCUUCUGGAAACAGGCGUCCCUGUCCUCGUGUCCCCACCCUUGGCUGUCCCAAGGCCUCUCCCUUUUCCUGUUUUGAUGCUGGCUCAGCCAGGCCCGGAGACAGGGGCAUGAUGUCCUAAUCCUCCAGGCGGGAGCCACCGUGGAGGGUUCCCGUGGACACGGUCCCCUGCCAAGCCACCUUUCCUGGCACUCACAUACGCCCCACCUGGCACAUGACACACGUAGGGGCUCCUGAGCCCCAGCACCCUGACUUAGUGGGGAGGGACCCCACUGGGAUCUCAUGAAGCCCCGACUUCCGCUCCAGGCAGCAGGUCGGGGGAACACCAGUUGCCUGCCCUGGCCGCCAGCACAGCACUCGUAAAUCAGGGGGUGUCUGGGGCGUCGGAAAUGGCUGUGUGGAAUGUCGGGGUGGGGUAGGCUGGGGGUGAGCCCUUAACUCUUAGAAGGGUGGGGUGUGGGGCAGAAGGAGCAGAUGCCUGGAUUCAAGGGCGCAGGAGAUGGGCUGGUGCAGACAUGGGACCUCCUGGCUGCAAGGGCCGGCAGUGAAGAGGUUAGCUCCCAGCCCAGGCAGGGCAUAAAUUUGGGGCACAGCUCCCACCCUCAGGACCUGCCCGUCACAAUGGCCGUAGGGAAGUUCCUGCUGGGCUCUCUGCUGCUCCUGUCCCUGCAGCUGGGACAGGGCUGGGGCCCUGAUGCCCGUGGGAUUCCUGUGGCCGAUGGAGAGUUCUCGUCUGAGCAGGUGGCAAAGGCUGGAGGGACCUGGCUGGGCACCCACCGCCCCCUUGCCCGCCUGCGCCGAGCCCCGUCUGGUCCAUGCCAGCUGUGGAGCCUGACCCUGUCAGUGGCAGAGCUGGGCCUGGGCUACGCCUCAGAGGAGAAGGUCAUCUUCCGCUACUGCGCUGGCAGCUGCCCCCGUGGUGCCCGCACCCAGCACGGCCUGGCGCUGGCCCGGCUGCAAGGCCAGGGCCGAGCCCAUGGAGGGCCCUGCUGCCGGCCCACUCGCUACACCGACGUGGCCUUCCUUGAUGACCGCCACCGCUGGCAGCAGCUGCCCCAGCUCUCGGCGGCUGCCUGUGGCUGUGGUGGCUGA